AAUAAGUGAUAACAUUAUUUUCAGUUGUAAAGACUAUCAAAAUCUAAAUGCGUUUUGUGCAAUAAUAAUGGGCUUAAGUAAUAUGGCUAUUUCACGAUUAUCACAAACAUGGGAAAAGUUGCCAUCGAAGUUCAGAAAACUUUAUACAGAAUUUGAAUCUCUGAUUGACCCAAGCAGAAACCACCGGGCUUAUAGACUUAGCGUCAGUAAACUCCAGCCUCCCAUAGUGCCCUUCAUGCCUUUGCUCUUAAAGGAUAUGACAUUUACACACGAAGGCAAUAAGACCAGUUUGGAUGGACUUGUUAAUUUCGAAAAGAUGCACAUGUUAGCACAAACACUAAGGACUAUCAGAUUCUGCAGGAGCAGGCAUUUAGUUCUUGAGCCGCCGUCUCCAAAGAGCGAAGGUGAUGUCAAAUCCUACAUAUCCUGCUUAAGGGUAAUAGACAAUCAGAGGAUUUUAACCGGAAUGUCUCAAAAGCUUGAGCCCAGAAGAUCUUAGUAACGUAAUAUAACUUGAGAAAACGUCCCUAUAAAAUAUAACUAACUGAUUCUAGUCUUUCAUGUGUGGAGCAAUUUUUUUAAGUCUGAG